ACACCUCCUCUCUCAUCCUGAGGGGAGGCUUCAAACUUGAACCAACAAUGCACUUCUCAUUCAUUCCUCUCUCCUUCCUCCUCUGCAACUUCCCCUUCUUGACCUCCAUCCCCAUUAUUCCCCUCCACCACCACCAUCACCGUCGGAUUCUCCACCAACCCUUCACUCCUCUUGACUCCUUACCUCCAACGCAACCCCCAUCUUCCUCUCCCGCUCCUCCACGACAACCCAAAUUUCCCUUCUCUUCUGGUUCCAACAACCAACCAUUCUUCCCAUCUUACACUUCUCCACCUCCCCCUCCACCUCCCAUUCCCACCUCCUACGCCACUUUCCCUGCUAACAUCUCCUCUCUCAUCUUCCCCCAGUCCCCUCACCGCAAACCCUUCUCUCCAAAACUCGUAAUACUCACUGUAAUCCUCUCUCUCCUCACCAUCUCCUUCAUUGUCGUCUUCGUCGUUCUCCUCUACCGCAGAAGACACUACAGCAGUAGCAGCAGCAGUUUUACCAAUGGCAAAACCUCCAGAUCCGACAGCAACCGCUUGUUUCCGGCAAACACAGCCCCUUCCGACGCCCACCACCACAGGGUUCGUGGCAUCUCUGCAACCAGCUCUGAGUUUCUCUAUCUGGGUACUCUUGUAAACUCUAGUGGGAUCGAUGGUGAUGGUGGUGGAACCAGUGCCGGUGCCGGGGCCCUUCUGGGUCGGAAGCUGGGCUCCCCUGAGCUACACCCGCUACCACCGCUGUCAAGACAGAAUUUCAGUCAGAGUUUUCGGAACGUUAGAGAGAGUUCGUCGGAAAAUGAGGAAGAAGAGGAGUUUUACUCGCCGAGAGGCUCUGUUGGUAGUAAGGAGAGCCCAGCUAUUACUGGAUCGAGCUCAAGAAGAAUGUUUGAAGCUGUGGUUGCAGAGAAUUUCGAAAGCAGGAGCUCGAACUCAAGUACUACCUCUUACCCUUCUUCGAAUUUGGCAUCUCGUAGUCCUUCUCCUUCUCCGCCGGUUAGCAUCAGCUCGAGAAGCUCAAAGUCGAAAUCGCCUGAAUUUUUGACCAAGUUGCCUCCUCCACAACCUCCACUGCCGCGUUCAUUGACUCCGUCCCCCCCUCCGGGGAAAGGUUUGGAGAAAAUGAGUUCACCUGGAAGAUAUUCUUUGGAGAAGAACACAGAGUCUCCUGAAAGAAGUUCGUCGGAGAAGAACCCCCAUUCGCCGGCAAGAAGCAAAGUGGACAUGAACGCACUGUCGCCGGCCAGGAAUUCCAAUGUUUCACAGCAAAAGCCACAAUCUCCGGCCUGGAAUUCCGACGUUUCACAGCAAAAUCCGCACUCUCCCGCAAAAGUAGGCAAUAUGUCCUGGCAGCCGGCGUCUGUUCCGCCACCUCCGCCUCCGCUGCCUCCUCAUAGAUUCUGGGAAGCCCCCAUUCUUCCUCAGCCGAUCCGUGAACCCAUUAAUUUGCCUCCAGAGAUUGUUGUUCCUUCCAGAGUUGUAGGGUUCCAGAUGCCUACUGCACUUUCUCCAGCUGAAUUGACACAGAAUUUAGAUUCUGUGGAAAGAAAUGAGGAAACUCCGAAACCAAAGUUGAAGCCUUUGCACUGGGACAAGGUCCGAGCAAGCUCUGAUCGUGCCAUGGUGUGGGAUCAGCUGAAAUCGAGCUCUUUUCAGUUGAAUGAAGAGAUGAUUGAGACACUGUUUGUAGUAAAUGCCACGAACUUGACUCCAAAGGAGUUGACUCGGCCUCUGGUUUCUCCCAUGCCAAACCAAGAGAAUAGGGUGCUUGAUCCAAAGAAGUCUCAGAAUAUUGCAAUCUUGCUGAGGGCACUCAAUGUGACUAUAGAAGAAGUCUGUGAAGCCCUUUGGGAAGGUAAUGCAGAUACCUUGGGGACAGAACUUCUUGAAAGUCUAUUGAAGAUGGCUCCAACCAAAGAGGAAGAAUGUAAACUGAAAGAGUACAAAGAUGAUUCACCAUACAAGCUUGGCCCUGCUGAAAAAUUCCUCAAGGCAGUGCUCGAUAUUCCUUUUGCGUUUAAGAGAGUGGACGCAAUACUUUACAUGGCCAAUUUUGAUCCUGAGGCUGAGUACUUAAAGAAGUCAUUUGAAACUCUGGAGGCAGCAUGUGAAGAACUGAGGAACAGCAGGAUGUUUUUAAAGCUUCUAGAAGCUGUUCUUAAGACAGGAAACCGCAUGAAUGUUGGGACCAACCGUGGCGAUGCCCAUGCCUUCAAACUUGACACCCUCCUUAAGCUUGUUGAUGUAAAGGGUACUGAUGGGAAGACUACACUAUUGCAUUUUGUUGUACAGGAAAUCAUAAGAGCUGAAGGCUCUCGUCUUUCUGCUGCAAAUCAAAGUCAGACCACUGCAAACCCUCAGCAGCCCACUCUCCAGGAGGAUGUUGAAUUAAGGAAGCUUGGCCUGCAUGUUGUUGCCGGCCUCAGUGGGGAAUUAACCAAUGUGAAGAAAGCUGCUGCAAUGGAUUUUGAGGUGCUUAGCAGUGAUGUCUCAAAGCUUGCUAGGGGGAUUGGGAAUAUUAGUGAAGUUUUCAGAUUGAAUGAAGCCAUAGGAUUGAAGGAUACCAAUUGCAGAUUCUCGGAAUCAAUGAACUCAUUCUUGAAAAGGGCUGAGGAGGAUAUCAUACAGGUUCAAGCCCAAGAGAGUGUUGCUCUCUCUUUGGUAAAAGAGAUAACUGAGUAUUUCCAUGGGAAUUCAGCAAUGGAAGAAGCCCACCCUUUCAGGAUAUUCAUGGUAGUGAGGGAUUUCCUGUCCAUUCUUGAUCAGGUUUGCAAGGAAGUCAGGAAGAUCAAUGACCGAACAAUAGUGAGUUCAGCCCGACAAUUUCCAGUACCAGUAAAUCCAAUGAUGCAGAAAGUUUUUCCUAGAUUUAAUGCUUGCCAACAGUCCAGUUCCUCUGAUGAUGAGAGUUCAUCGUCAUGAGAGUAUUAUACCGUACAUCUUUCGUUCCCUCUAUUGAAAUCACUGGUGGACAUGGAGGAGCUUGAGUUGCUGGCUACUGCUGGAUGUUUAAAUUAAGAUCACUUUUUUUUUUGUACUUGUAUGAGCCCAAUGUAAAAGAUUUUGGAAUUGUUUCUCCCUAUAUGUAAUAUACAGAAGAGACUAUCUCAGGGAAGAAUAAGGUGGUAUCAAUUGA